GGCAGGAAGACUACGACCGGCUGCGGCCCCUCUCCUACCAGAACACCCACCUUGUGCUCAUCUGCUAUGACGUCAUGAACCCCACCAGCUAUGACAAUGUCCUGGUCAAGUGGUUCCCUGAGGUCACCCACUUCUGCCGAGGGACCCCCAUGGUGCUCAUUGGCUGCAAGACAGACCUGAGGAAGGACAAGGAACAGCUGCGGAAGCUGCGGGCGGCCCAGCUGGAGCCCAUCACCUACAUGCAGGGCCUGAGCACCUGCCAGCAAAUCCGAGCCGCCCUCUACCUGGAAUGUUCCGCCAAGUUUCGGGAGAACGUGGAGGACGUCUUCCGGGAGGCCGCCAAGGUGGCCCUGAGCUCCCUGAAGAAGGCGCAGCGGCAGAAACACCAGCGGCGCUGCCUGCUGCUCUGACCCCGGGCCCCUGCCCACCGGCUCCGAGGGCACGUGGAGUCCGGGUCCCCAGUGCCUGGCGUCUGGAGCCCGUGGCGAGACUCCGGGGGCGUUCUGAACCCCUCCUUUCCCAGCUGCGGCCCGCGUGGUGGUGGGCAGAGGUGCCGGACGCAGUCCCCCCGUGCCCUGGAGCCGGCAUUUGCCCCCAGGACACCCGCCCCCCCAGCCGCAUGUGCCCCCCUUGAAGUGACAAACUGCGCUGCUCCGUGGGUAACUGGAGCUGGCGGCGUUCCCCAUGUCACCCGCCUCCCGGGGCCAGGAGAUAGGCAGGGCUGCGUCCUCCAGCUCCCGGCUUCCUGCCCCCGGAGCGCCCAGGCCAGGAGGCGAGACCAGGCCUAUCAGGAGAACACAGCCCCGGACGCGGGGACGCACCCCCUUCCCCGCCCCCCUCUGCCCCCUCGGAGGACUUCAGUAGCAGCCUCCGGCCUGGCUGACAUCCUGCCAGAGCUGGGCGCACAUGACCAGGGGAGGAGAAACUCAGAGAGCAAACGAACAUUCUGGACCCCCAUCUGACCCAUUCGGGGUCUCACCUACAGCCCCCCACUGCCGGAAACGAGAGGAGGUGACAGCAGCUCCUGAUUUGGGCAUGGCAGUGCUCUUUAGACUGUGUCUCUGUCUGCAAAAGGACAGCCCGGCCCACUGAGUCCUCAGGCUCCCCUCUGCCCCUCACAGCCACCACCUCUGCCAAGAUGUGUUCUGGGCCCGAGACCACCCCGGCCUCAUUCGUGAACGGACUUGAUCGACCCCCAGCUGCAGAUUCACAGAAACUCCUCCUGGAAGGUCUGGGGUCGGGUGUCCAGGAUUUCUUAAACAAGGGCCCCAGGUGAUUCCAAUACCCCAGAGGCUGAGAGCUGCUUGGUUCCUGAGUGAGCUCAGGAGCCGGCAUCGCCUUCGAUGGGCUGAUGGCUUCAACCGGCGGCUCCCGCUCCCCAGGUAUCUCCUUCCUCCGCUCCCUGUGCCCAGGGCUCUGGCCACUAAGCCUGAGCCUCUCUGAAGUCACCUGCUAGGGAAAGAGGCCUCUGCAGCCCACCACCCCCCACCUAGGUUCCCUGAGGCCCUGCCAUGCCCCGGGGACUCACCGGGGUGUUCGAACCAAGCACCUCCUGUUCUAGCAGAGGCCAGAGCCUCGUGGACAAGUGAGGGCCUAGGACAGAGGUCAGCAAACUGUGGCCUGCGAGCCAAAUCUGGCUGCUGUGUGUUUUUGUAAAUAAAGUUUUAUUGGGACACA